UUGCGUUGUUGUUGUUGUUCGUAUUCGUAGUAAUUCCGUCUUUUGCAGACAGUCUCCAGUGCUCUCCGUGUGUCGGGGGUUCAGUGGUAUUAGGUUCGCGGUUUCGAUUCGCGAGUGAGGUCUUAUUUUUCGGCAAGGCUGACCUUUCGGGUUUUGUGCUGUGAAACUGCGAACAACGAAAGCAAUCAAAAAUUUCAAGGACCCGGUUCCCGUUUUGGAUUGCAUUUGGUGUACUACCUUUCCAAUCGUCGGAGGAAUCGGUGUUAGCUGUUAGUUCUGUGCAUUUUUUUGUAAGGAAUCCAGUGAGCGAAAAGAUGGCCAUCAAACCCGGUAUCGGUCGGAAGUCGUCCAACAAAAACCCACCCUUCCUGAGCCAUGAAUUCGUAAUUCAAAAUCAUGCCGAUAUAGUGUCCUGCUUCGCAAUGAUCUUCGUCGUCGGAUUAAUGCUGCAGGCCACUAACUCCUUGGCAAGCAUUUUCAUUGCCCUGCAUCACAACGUAACCGGUGCGGAUCCGAGCCAUGAGAAUCCACAGGGCGAGCCAUACUUCUACACAUCCGGCUGGAAGGACGGCUGUGCGGUGUUUUUUUACACCCUGAUUUGCAUCAUCAUGCAUGCCAUCCUGCAGGAGUACGCUUUGGAUAAAAUCUCCAAGAAACUGCACCUGUCCAAAUUCAAGCUUUCCCGAUUCAACGAGUCAGGCCAGCUGGUUGUGUUUUACGCGUUGUCCUUCCUGUGGGGCUUCGACGUGAUUGUUCGCGAGCAGUACCUGGGCAAUAUGGCCAAGCUGUGGGAGGGAUUCCCAGACCAUCCGAUGGUGUUUUUGCACAAGCUGUUCUUCGUGAUCCAGCUGGCGUACUACCUGCACAUGCUGCCCGAGUUGUACUUCCAGAAGGUGAAAAAGGACGAACAGAAGCCAAAGAUUCAGCAUGCUCUUGGCGGAUUUUUCUUGAUUGCUACAGCAUACUUCCUUGGAUUCCAACGCAUUGCUUUGGUUCUGUUGACGUUGCACUACUUCUGCGAGUUUAUCGCGCACUCUUUGCAGCUGGUCAACAUCUUUGAUAAGGAUGAGAAAUUUGUGAAACUACGCCUGGUUCACAACGUGGUCUUCAUUCUGACCCGCUUCGCCACGAUGGUGCUGGCAUUCCUCACCCUAUUUUACGGAAUCAACGACGUAUCCCAGAUGAAGCGCAGCUUCAUGUUGGCCACCAUAUUCGGCCUGCAGGGUUAUUUGAUAUUCGACUUCAUCUGGAACGUUCUCCGCUCGAAGCGGGAACGAUCUGCGGAGCACUCGGAGCGCCAGGCAAAGGCUGCUGCUGCCAAGGGCGAAAAGACGAAAAAGGAGCGCAAGAAGGAAAGCGAUCUGCCGGAAGCGGAUCAAAACGCGAUCCAGUCCGGUGCGUCCCAAGCGGUGACCGGAGGAAAGGCCUCCAAAAAGACCAAGGUCAAGUAGGGGGUGUAACGUUUCAUGGCAGUUUUUUUGUCCCCACUUCCAAUUCGAAAAUCACAUCAAACCACUAUUUUUUCGGAAACAGAUUAUGAUUGAGCUACACGUAAUUCUAUUUUUUAUACAGAGCAGUAAUUAAUUGAUUUAUCUCGCAUGUUUCAUUCGGCUAUUGGCAACUAUUCAACGAUUCACUGCAAUAACGGGGACAUUUUUCACAAAAAAAACUGCGUGCUCAAAAAUCAUUACUAGACAAAAACCAGUAAUUCUUUUAUUUUACGGCGGUAGCAAGACCUGACCGCCGAACCACAAAUCGGGACUAGGCUAGAACAGCAGCGGGAAAUUGACCGACAGUGAAGUUCGUAUGAUUUUAUAUGCAUUUACAGCGCCACUUUGAUUUAGCUUGUACGACCGUUUUCAUUUGUGCCGUUCCAUGUGCGAAUACAAAUUAUUGCAAAUGUGAAUAAAAAAACAACUUUAAUUGCCUUCCAUUAGAAAACUUGGGGAUUAGUGAGUAUCCCUUUUAUUACGGGCUAUUACAGAUAUUGAGUUUCAGAAACUACUUUACGGUAUAUACAGCCACCUUUGUAUGUUCUAAUGCAAUAACUGAAUAAAAAUCGUCAUAAAAUCUAUUGGAAA